AUGCAGUCAUUGAGUCUUGAAUUUCAAGAAGACAUAAGACAGGAAGGUGGAAGCGAAGUAGAAGUAGCAAAGGGAGGGAGGGAUGCCAAAGAAAUGAGGGACAACACCUGGGCUUCAAAAGGAUUUCUCAUUGAGGUCAUUAGCCUUGGUGGUCCGAAAUCGACAACAAGCACGCAAAAGGAGAAGGCCAUGGUGUGA